CCCCAAUAUCCUGCGUGCCUUCAUAUACCCAGACAUCAUAAUGGCAGCUCCCAAGUCGCUGCCAUGCGGCAUCUACGCCCCUACCAUGACCUUCUUCGACCCCAACACCGAAGACCUCGACAUCCCCACCAUCAAGAAACACGCUGAGCGACUCGCCAAGGCCGGCCUCGCUGGCCUCGUCGUCAUGGGAUCCAACGGCGAGGCCGUCCACUGCACGAGAGAAGAAAAGAUUGCCGUCCUCAAGGCCACAAGAGAAGCCCUCGACGCCGCCGGCUUCCAGUCAACGCCCGUCCUCUUCGGCGCAACCGAAGGCAGCGUCAGAGGCGCCAUUGAGCUGUGCAAGCUGGCCGCUGACGCUGGUGCCGCAGCUGCUUUGGUUCUGCCGCCUUCGUACUACCGAGCCCAGACCGACGAGGAGAGCAUCUACAACUACUUCAUCGCCCUGGCUGACGAGAGCCCCAUCCCAAUCAUCCUGUACAACUACCCCGGCGCCGUGUCUGGCGUCGACAUGGACAGCGACCUGCUGAUCAAGCUAGCCGAGCACAAGAACAUCACCGGAACUAAAUUCACCUGUGGCAACACCGGAAAGCUCACGCGAGUCGCCCUCGGCACAAACGCAAAGACCCCCUUCCAGGAAGGGUCAGGAUACAUGGCCUUUGGCGGCAUGUGCGAUUUCACCCUCCAGACUCUUGUCAGCGGCGGCAGCGGCAUCAUUGCUGGAGGUGCCAAUGUCAUGCCCAAGCUGUGCGUCAAGGUCUGGGAUCUGUAUUCCGAGGGCAAGAAGGAGGAGGCUGAGAAGCUACAAAAGGUUCUUAGCCGUGGCGACUGGCCGUUGACAAAGGCUGCUAUUGCGGGCACGAAACAGGCGAUUCAGAGCUAUUAUGGAUACGGAGGAUACCCUCGCCGGCCUCUUAAGCGCUUGGAACAGGCUAGAGUGUCGGCUAUUGAGGAGGGUAUUCGAGAAGCGAUGGGCGUUGAGAAAUCCCUGUAGUUAUGUUUAAAAUGAGAAAGGUACAAUAUGAGAUAUCUUGGCUAAUCUACUAUAAGAAACCGCUAUGUGGCGUACGAACAAUCUCCAUAUUAUCUAAACCUUGGCUUCCGCUGAAGACCCAUUGCCAUGUUCCUGCAGAAAUUCAAUGAUAUGCUCUUGCUUCAUCCGUAUGGCAAUGCUAAGCGCUGUAUUGCCAUGUGUAUUCUCAGUGUCCAUAUCAGCCCCUUGUUCGACAAGUAUUCUGGCC